AUGGAGGUUGAACUGGAGACUAUUGAUAAAGAUGGAUAUUUUGGGGGAUCUUUAUUGGAGUCAAAUACCCAUGUGGUAAUUCCCAUCCUUGAAGCCGGCCUUGCAGAACUUAAAAAUGUUUGGCCCGACAAUUAUGCCGGUGAACUUCAUAGAGCUGAGAAUUAUGCGAGAGAGAAGAAACUGAAAAUUUGGGAGAAUUAA